AUGUCCGCGAUGGUAACGUUCGCAGCCGAUUCGGACGGUUUCCGAAAACGGAAACGCGUGCACAAGGCUUGCGAUGCCUGCAAAAGGCGUAGGAAACGUUGCAGUCAUGUUUUUAAUGAAAGUGAAGGGAAACAUACUGGAGUUUCAGUGACGCCUGAGGAAUGUCAUCGCGAUGGAGUCUCACUUGGCAGCGAGUCUCGCGAGGCGGGACAAAGGCCCAAGGCACGAAGACAGACUGAAUUUACAAACGGCGUGAGCACAAUAGAGAUCGCACAGACCACGAAUGAGCAGUAUUCAAAUGAUAUGCCUGAGCCCCGUGACGAUGGCCGUGACCAAGAACCUUCACGUUUUGUGGGUUAUCUAGCUCCGGAAGCACAGCUACGCGGUCAACUUCGGGCACAGAAAGACAACGCCGACCAGCUUAUCCAGCAUUAUUGUGGGCACUGGGUCGCCUGGCAGCACAACUUCAAGUCGGGACUCGCGGGUGAUCUGGCUCCCUCUUCGACCAUAGUUGGACCAGAGGACCAAUCAGUAGCUCACAACUUCCUAAGGGCAUAUCUGGAUGCUAUAGGAGUCAACUUGAGACCACCGCGUAAACAUCAAGAUGUUCUCAUUCAGAUAUAUUUCGAAUACAUUCAUCCAAUCCUACCGCUCGUGGACGAGGCUAAAUUCAGAAGACAAUAUGGGGAUGCUGAAGAACCCAGACUCCUUCUGCAAACCAUUUGUAUCCUCGCCGCGAAGCACGAUAAAGCUAGGAGCCAUCUCUAUCUAGAUGACUCAUCCGUGGUGUAUAACCCUCGCGACUUCUCAAGAAAGCUGUUCUCAUCUGCUACCGCCGCGCUCGAAGCAAAGCUAGAGACAGACAGGAUCACUCUGAUCCAAUCUCUAGCUCUCCUAUCUCUACAUUGCGAAGGCUUCGAUGGGGCGGAACAAGCAUCAAUGCAUCUAUCUCAAGCCGUUCACCAUGCUCACACUGUGGGUUUACAGUUUGGUCAGAAGCAGGGUACGAUGGGACAUGGCUUAGAGACCAUAUUCUGGUGCCUCUGGAGUCUUGACAAGCUCAACGCAUGUAUCAAUGGCCGGCCAUUACUUAUGCACGACAGAGACCAGCACAUACCAAGGCUCGAAGAGUCUUCGGAAAGGAGGACACCGUUUGGUAUCUGGCUACAGCUGGCGGACGCACUAGACAAGGUAAUCUGCUAUUAUCGGCCAGGCCUACCACCAGACAAGACAGGAUGGGAAGAGGACUUUCCGUCGUUCGAAGACAUCAUAGGUGAAGGAGGUGAUAGUCUGGAUGCCCCCAUUCUCGCAUUUCUAGAGCUCUUCUAUCACGCAGUAGCGAUGGCCUCACAUCGAUCGAUGGCCAUCAACGACCCCGUCAAAGCCACGCCAUCUUAUACACGCCAAAGCUUGUCUGCAGUACGAGUCGUUUCGAUACUUAAAGAUGAGUCUCCUGAUAACCUUCCACCUCUACCUAUUAUCCCGUACGCUUUGUCCUUGGCCGCAUCAACGGCCUACCGGAGAUUCCGUCAAAGCAAGCUCCAGACGCACAAAAGCCGCGGAAAAGAGGAUCUCAAGCGAUGCUGUGAAUUGCUGAACAAGCUUCGUAUUUCUUUCUGGUCUGCCGGCGCCACUGCUGAUUUAGGGAAGGCUGCGUUGAGCAAGGCAAACAGCCAGGACCUGAUUAGACAAGAUAGACCGAAGCAUUCUGGGAGCAAAUAUGUAGAACCAUCGGGAAAUGUUCAAGCCUCCGUCAAUGGCACUCACAUAAGUGACAUCCAAGGACCAGCUACUAUCACUCAGAACUCAGUCUCUGACACCGACGUCGCAGCAGCGCAAGCCCUGAGUUCUUUACAGACCACACGCCUUCCCACCCCAUCAUUCGCGGAUGAGAUAUUACCUCCGACUUCUGGCGAAUCGCUGGACUGGCUGAAUUUCGAUCACGCUUUCGAAAAUAUGGAAACGCUGCUGGGGAGCGCCGGUGCUGACGAGUCGAGCUACCUACUAAGGCCUUUCAGUAUUGAUACAAGCAUGCCCGGCAUGUUUAGCCCCUAG